AUAUGGAGGACGCCAUCAAGACAAUUGCAUCCACAUAUUUUAAACAAUGCAAAGGAAAGAAAGCCCUCGACAACAAAUCCUUCAAGAAAAUGGUGCAGACAAAUCUCGGCAACAUCAUGGCGGAUACAAACUCCGCCGAUGCUAUUAAAGAGAUGCAGCGGGGACUUGAUGAGAACCAGGAUGGGAAGGUCAGCUUUGAGGAAUACCUCACCCUGAUAAAGUACCUGGCCACCUCCCUCAGUGAAUACCAGUGUGGACAGUCAUCAGUAACAUCAUAGAUGGUUCUGCUCUGCUUCAUCCAUUUUUUUAUAGACCAAAAUUCCAAACAUAAAGUAUGCCUCAAAAAUCAUUUUAACACAGUUAACCAAGCAUCUCUAUCUGCUGUGAAUUACGUGAUGUUUUCAUGGGCCUACUUUAUGCACUCAUGUGAUAUUAAUCUCCACCAUUAAGUCCACCAGAAAGUCUCUGAGCUCGGCUUGUCUCUUUUAAUAACACCUGUGCAAAAGAAACAGUGUCUUUUCAAAUAAAACUAAUGUUUGAUAAUUAAAC